CCCAACCUAAAAUUCCGUGGCGUCCUGGGCUGUUUUGCAGCUGCUGGGGUGGGAUUAUGCAAGUGCAAGACCCCUGCAAGCUGACUGACACCAACCAGAGAGCCCCUCAAUGAUCUCCCAGCCGCCCUUUUUGCUUCAGCUUCUUUCUCAGCUGAACGUCGAUCUUCUUCUUCAAUUCAACUGAAUUCCUCUCGUAGGAAUCCUCCUCCUGCCGCACGUAUACGAACAUAUAUCUCAAGAAUUGUGAAAUUGUCUGCAGGGAAAGGGGAACAGGGCCCACAGCUCACAGCUCGCGCGCCCGCAUAAUGUCGCUCGAUCCGCGCGAUAACCGGAGGAGGGGACGCUCGAGAUCUCCCGGCCCGCGCGAGGAAGAGGGCAGGGAGAGGUCGCGAACGCGCGUGGAGAUUGACGAAUAUACGCAAACGAGGGAGAGGAGCCGUGUUCGGGUGCCCAGUCCCCCGAGUCCGCCCAGUCGAUACGAAGAGCCGAAGAGGUAUUCGGAGUAUGAAGAGCGCGAGACUGUUACUGUUAGACGUGGCGAUAGGGAGGAGGAGAGGGGUGGGAGAGGCGGGUAUAGUGGUGGAAGAGGAGGGGGAGUGAGCCAGUAUUUGCAGAGGGAUGAUAGGGAUGAUAGUCCACCUGCAAGGGGAGGGCAUGGCGGUGGUGGAAGGGGGUAUGAUUUGCCGGGGAAAUACCAGGCGACUGUUGAGGAGGAGACGAGUGUGAGGUAUGAGAGCGGCGGUGGCAGAGGGGGGCCGGUGAAAGAGAAGGAGUAUUAUAAGGAGACGAGCUAUGGGAAGAGGGAUGAGUAUGGGCGACAUGCUGAAAGGGAGCCGGAACGGGAGAGGGAUAGAGAUAGGAGGGGCUAUGAGGUCGAGGUUGACAAGUAUAAAUAUGCUGGGGAUCCGAGGGAUAAGGGACGAUAUGAGGAGGAGCGACAUGGGAGGGAGAGAGGCGCCAGCUUCAAUGUCACUGCGGGGCAUAGCAGUGUGUCCGGGAGCGUUGGCGUCGGGCAUGAGAGGCACCCAAGCUAUGCGGAACCUCCGAGACAUGGCAGUGAUGCGAGGAAGUACGACCAACCCCAUGUCCCUGGAGAUUACUCGCCGCCGAGAGUUGGGCCCGAUGGAAGGCCGUACGCUGAGCCCGCGAAGUGGGAGUAUGCUCAGCCCGGAGAGCAGAUCUCGUACACCAAGCGCACGGAGACGACCUAUGGCCGUCCUGCGAGCCCGCCACAGCCAGCGUAUGCUGCAAGGACUUCGGGUUCGAGAAUCUCAAGCACGUAUGAUUCUCCCAGGACCUCAAAGUCGCAGGUUGUUACCGUUGAGCCGGGAGCCAGACGUCGUGAUUCUUCGCCGCCUGGAGGAGGAGGAUUGGCGCCACGGAUGCACUCACUGUCAGUCUCGACUGGGCAUCAUGGAGGUGCUUCAUUGAGUCUGGCGAACGCGCCGGGAUCCCCUCUCCUGGAGGCGUAUCAUGGGACGUAUCAGUCGAUUUCCCCGAUGCCGUCUCCGCUCCUGAUUGCGAGCUCAUCACACACAGAGAUCACCGAGUCGAUCUCUCCAAUCGAUUCUGGCGAUGAAGGAAGAGGGAACAGGAAGAGCAGACGAACAGCACGUUUCCACGACCCAGUCGACGAAGCUACCGUCCUUGCCAAGGCAUUGAAAGGCGAGAAACGCGCUCCUGACACGCAGCCACUGAUUGAUAUUCUCCCCGGCUUGACACACGAGCAAAUCCUCGAUUUGCGCGUGGAGUACAAACACAUUGUUAAGACGGGACAUGAUAAGAAAGGCGUCAACAUCGCGAAACACAUCAAAUUGCGUCUCAAGGAAGAGGAUCCAAGUUUGAUGAAGGCGUGCUAUGCGUGCGCGCUUGGCAAAUGGGAAAGUGAAGCCUACUGGGCGAAUUUCUGGUACCAGGGGGAGAAGAGCCGACGAGAACUGCUCAUCGAGUCCCUGAUGGGACGCACCAACAAGGAGAUCAGGGAGAUUAAAGAUGGAUUUAGCGAUAAGAAGUACAGCGAUAGUCUGACGAAGUGCAUGAAGACCGAGCUGAAGGAAGACAAGUUCAAGAAAGCUGUGCUGUUGGUCCUUGAAGAGAAGAAGAUGGAGGAGAGGCCCGGGUAUGGUGUUGAUCGCGUGCUGGUGGAAGAUGAUGUUAGGGCUCUGCAUAAGGCGGUUAAGAGUGAGAAGGGCGGCGAGACGGCCAUGAUUCAGAUUGUUGUUGUGAGGUCGGAUGGCCAUUUGAGGGAGGUGCUGAGGUUGUAUGAAAGUACAUACCGUGCGAACUUUGCGAGGGAGAUGUUGAAGAAGAGUGGGAAUCUUGUUGGCGAGAUGCUAGCCCACAUUCUGAACGGCGUAAUCAACAAGCCCGUCCGCGACGCCUUGCUCGUACACCACGCUCUCAGCCUCUCCAAAUCCGAUUCGAUCCGCACCGAGCUCCUCAUCUCGCGCCUGGUCCGCUACCACUGGGACAGACAGCAUAUGGAAGCGGUGAAGCGCGAGUACAGGACGCGGUAUGGCGUUGAUAUGCAGAAGGCGGUGGCGGAAGGGACCAAGGGCGAGUGGGGACACUUUUGUGAGAUGCUUUGUGUGCGGCGGAUGCCGGAUGACGUGCGAGAGGUUAAAAGGGUUGAGGAGUAUAAGGUUAUUGAGGCGAGGGAGCCAAGGUAUUAGGGGGCUACGUGAAGGAGGGGAAACUUGGAUAUCAGGAUACAGUGGUCGAGGACGACGGGAAAUUUGGAUAACGGAGAAAAAUGGAUGGGAAAGAUCAGGAAUUUGAAUACCAUGUAGCUUGGGUGACGACGAGGAUGAAUGCAAUCUCUUUUGGUUUCAGCUGGCCUAGAUGGCUAAGUAUGUUGCAAGUUGGUGAUGAGCAAUUAAUGCAUGGAUGAUGCUGGAUGCAAACCACCCUGUACCAUGGAAUGUUCUCCAGAUGCUUGGCCGAACAGAAGUCGUUGGAGAUGGGAGUCAGUCUCAAAACCUUGCAUUGACCAAAGUUGG